GUCAGUGACUAUCAUCUAUUCCACACGAUGAGUAACAGCCACCCUCUUCGCCCCUUCACUGCAGUGGGGGAAAUUGAUCACGUCCACAUUCUGUCUGAGCACGUUGGUGCCUUGUUGAUUGGUGAAGAAUAUGGCGAUGUUACAUUUGUUGUGGAAAAGAAGCGCUUUCCUGCUCACAGGGUCAUUUUAGCAGCUAGGUGCCAGUAUUUUCGAGCAUUACUCUAUGGUGGCAUGCGAGAGUCUCAGCCUGAAGCAGAAAUCCCUCUCCAAGACACCACUGCAGAAGCAUUCACGAUGCUACUCAAGUACAUCUACACUGGGCGGGCGACACUGACAGAUGAGAAGGAGGAGGUGCUGCUGGACUUUUUGAGCCUGGCUCAUAAAUAUGGAUUUCCAGAGCUGGAGGAUUCUACUUCCGAGUACCUCUGCACCAUACUUAACAUUCAGAACGUCUGUAUGACUUUUGAUGUUGCCAGUCUCUACUCGCUCCCCAAGUUAACUUGUAUGUGCUGCAUGUUUAUGGACAGGAAUGCCCAGGAGGUACUCACCAGCGAAGGCUUCCUCUCCCUCUCCAAGACAGCACUGCUGAACAUCGUUUUAAGAGAUUCCUUUGCUGCUCCUGAGAAAGAUAUUUUUUUAGCUUUGUUAAACUGGUGUAAGCACAAUGCAAAGGAGAACCAUGCUGAAAUCAUGCAGGCUGUGCGUUUACCUCUGAUGAGCCUCACUGAGCUUCUGAAUGUCGUGAGGCCUUCAGGACUGUUGUCUCCAGAUGCUAUCCUAGACGCCAUUAAAGUGCGCUCAGAGAGCCGGGAUAUGGACCUCAACUACAGAGGCAUGCUCAUACCAGAAGAAAACAUUGCAACGAUGAAGUAUGGAGCCCAGGUUGUGAAAGGAGAGCUGAAGUCAGCCUUGUUGGAUGGUGACACUCAAAAUUAUGACUUGGACCAUGGAUUUUCCCGGCAUCCCAUUGAUGAUGACUGUCGGUCUGGCAUUGAGAUCAAGCUUGGCCAACCAUCCAUUAUCAACCACAUACGCCUCCUCCUGUGGGACCGUGACAGCCGGUCUUAUUCUUAUUUUAUCGAAGUGUCCAUGGAUGAACUUGAUUGGAUUAGAGUGAUCGAUCAUUCACAUUACCUGUGUCGAUCUUGGCAAAAGUUGUAUUUUCCAGCUCGUGUCUGCAGAUGCUCAGUCAGGACUGACUACGACCAUCUUCCCCAGCUCUCCAGCCUGACUCAAACAGGAAUUUGAUGUGCCUGUGGUGGU